AUGGAGAGAUACCUUAAAUAUGGAGAUUAUGUUAUGCUUUAUUCUGCAGAGGAUCCUGUCAAAUUUAUGACAGCAAGGUCAUCUUAAGAGGGAGAAGUAUUUUUUAUUGAGAGCUAGUCACCUAUUCUUAGGGAGGAUAUUAGUAGUUAUCCAAAUACUAGUGAGCUAGUCUUUGCUAUCUAUCCAAAAUAAUAUUAUGAGGCUUCUAAAUAGUUUGAAAAGUUCAAGAUGAGAAAAGGUACAGACUUUGAUGAUGUUAUGUCAAUUUAAAAGGGAGAAAUUUUAAAGCGUCGUAUGGAAGCAGAAAAAGAUUUAAAUGAAAAAAAAAUUUAGAGUUUACAUGGAUAACCAAUAACAAUAGGUUCAGAGGUUUAGCUAUUUCAUAUUUAUUCAAGAAGUUUCGUUAAAGCAACCCGUGAAAAGAAUUUCUUUGAUUUGAGUAUAAACCAUGGUCAAAAUGACUAACUUGUUACUUAAUAAAGCACUGUAAUCAAUAAAAGGCCAGAGUUAAGCUAAAAAAUUUAGUCACAAUAAAUUAAUCCAUAUACUCCUCCAAGUAAUGAUGUGAAGCACUCACGCUCAGCGAGCACUUUAUCUACUCAACUUUUUACUUUUGCAAUAGGUCCUACUGUAGAAUCACAUAAAGAUAUGUUUUCUUUAAGACUUUCUCGCCAAAUUAGCUCUUCCACACAUUUUGAAAUUAGGAUAAAUCCUUAUCUUAACUUCAAAAAAGAAGGAGAAAAAAUUUAAUAUGAUGAAUGCGUUUAUUUUUAUAAUCCUAAGCACAAUUCUAUUAUAUAAAACUAAGGCUUAUGUGAAGUUGAGAAUACAUCUGAAGGAGUUGGUUUACAAGAUAAUGGAAAUAACAAAAAAAAGAGUUUGUUUUAAAAUUAAUAUGCUCAUCUCACUAAAAAUUUGCGUAUUCCUUUCACUAUUGAAAAAUCUAAAAUAUAUAAGCACUAUUAUGCUGCUCAUAAAAAGAAUAACAUUCAUCUUUUUGGAAUCAUCUUCUUAAAAAGUAGCAAAUAUAUCACUCUACCAUCUAAUUAUUUGACUAAAGAUAUUGCUAUUAUAGUUCCUAUGAAAGAAUAAUCAUAGCAGACUUUUAAUCCCAAUAGUCUCUCAAAAGAAAAUAACACAAAAGAUAAUGCAAAUGGAGCUAAUCGUGAAUUCCACAAUAAAAAGCAAUUUCUUUAACUUCUAUUUAAAUAAGCUUAAAUUAUGCGUGAAUAAGAAGGAGGAGGGAACAUAAAUUAGAUAACCAAAGGUGUUUUAGAUAAUGUCAAUUUAUAAAAUAUGUCUCCAGAAGAAAAAAUUAUGGUUUAAGAUUAAUUUUUGCAGUAGUAAAAUGACCUCAGCUCAUAAAGUGUUUCAAGAUAAAAUUAAUACAAUAAAAAUAAUAAUAUGGAAAGAAUAUACUAUGGAGAUUAUGUCAGGAUAAAACACAUCAAACGUAAUGAUAAAUCUACAACUCAGUUGAUUUCUGAGUCAAACCUUUGUGGCUUUUGCCCAAAUUUACUACUUAUCAACGAUAAACCUCAUAUUUACCACGAGUAGUAUCCUUCUUCAGGAAUUUUUUAAAUUGUUCCUAUUGAUGAAUCAUUCUUCGGUUAGCCUGUUGAAUUUGACAAACAAUAUUAUGGAAGUGCGAGUUUUAGACUGAGACAUGUUAACACAUCAAGAUAUCUUAAAUUUAAUAGAUUAGAUAAUAAUGUAACUCUUUCUGAAACAUUAGAAAAAUAUAAUUCGUUGUUUAAAAACCAACCCUAAGUUCCCUUGACGAAAAAUUAAAGCUUCAAUCGCUCAAAAAACUCACCUAGAUGGUUAAAUAAACUUUUAGGAAAUUCUGGUAAUGGAAAUAACUCACCUUCAAUUCGACGUUCAAGCAUAAGAGUGAAGUAAUUAGUAGAGGGAUUGAAUGUAAAUAAGAAAGAUUUUACUUUCACUACAUAGGAAGCAGUGGCUAUGUAAGAUGAUUUAUAGGAUUGGUAUUCUGAAAAUGCUGACCUACUCAUAGAGAGUGGAAGUAGGGAAGAAAAGUAUUUAUUGGAGCACAAUUCUUUCUGUAUUAAAGAUGAAAAGCUAAAAAGUUUUAUUAAAGUAAAUUUAAAUGACAAUGAAGCUACUGAAAUAGUUUAGGGUAAUAUGAUUGAAGAUGAUGAUUACAUUAAAUUAAUGUUUAACAACUUAAAUCCCCUGGAGCGUAAAUACUAUCCUCUUGAGAUAUCAUCCUAAAAUGGAGACUUUUUUUAUUUCACGUUGUGUAAGCCUAAUGAAAUUUCUGAUUUGAUGAUAUUGAAUUGCCAUCUGGACUAGUUCAUGAAUAUAUUAGAAAAUCCAUAAAAGUGUCUUUACAGCCAAAAAUUCAUAGAAAAGGCUGAAAACAAUCUUCUUAAUUUACUGAUGUGGCUUUGCAACAUUCAUCCAUCAGAUAGAUAAAAGCCAUCCCUCUAAGACUUGAGUUAACCUCCAGUCCAUCAAAAGUAGAAUAUUUUUAGAGAAAAUGGGUUAAUUGAACUACUGAUAAACAUAAUACACUUAAUACACCAAGAAAAACUUUUAAAUAACAGCAAUAUGGAAUAGAAUCCUCACAUCUUUCCUUUUGUUUAAACUAUUCUAAAGUUAUUGCAAAAUAUUUGCUAUAAGAAUUAUGCUAAUUCAAUUUAUGCUUUACAAUGGUAUUUCCUUUUUAGAGAAAUUAUUCUUGAUGAAAAUGUUAUUUUAGACAUAAGAUUUGAUCUUUUUAUUAAUGAUUUAUUCAAAAUCACUGAUUUAAAUGUAUCAUAUCAAGCAGAUUUUGAAAGCAUUUCUUCUAAAAUUUAAUAUGAGGAUUUUAAUAUAAACGCACUCAACUUGAUUUUAUCUUUUUGCUAGUAUAACGAAUAUCGUUAAAAAGACCAAGAAGAGGAGAUGGUCAAGACUAUUUUUAAUACUAAAGAAAAUAUCUUUAGAAGAUUAGUUUUAAAGCCAAACAAAAAUGUUUGCAUAGAAAUAGAUACACAAGGAUUUGAAUAUGUUAUAGAUCCUUUACUUGAAGCAAAUGAAAGAGAGGUAUGGGAUUAUUCUAUUGCUGUAGUGAAUUUAAUGGUAGAGUUAUGUAAAGCUAAUGUCUCAUUAGUUAUAGAUUAAGUUGAAUACUUCUAUCCUUUUAAUGCUAUUACACAAAUUAUACAGAAUUAAUCACUAUCUUGCUCCUAUAGAUCAACCAUUUUGACAUUGAUUAAAGAAAGUUAUAUGCGAUUUGACUUUAGAGACAGCAUUGCUUCCAAAUUCCCUGAUUAUAUAAAAUUUAGACAGAAAAAUUUAGAAAUAAAAGACUAAAGAAAGAUUUCACAAAUAGUUUAGAGCAGAUAUUUUUCUUUAUCUGACGUAGAUUUUAACUUAAAGAAUUUUAUCUAGGAAGAAAUAAGAUUGAUGAACAAAUUGAUUAAAUCUCCUAUUCAAGAUAAAGAAUUAUUUGAAUUAUAUAAGCUAGGAAAAAUUAUUCUGCAAAUGCAACUAUUUUUAGUUGAAAGAUAAAUUUAUGAUUUGAAAGAACUAGAAGAAAUAAAGACAGAUAUACAGAAUCUUUUGGAAACUCUCAUUAAUGUAUAUGAAAAUGAGUUUAAAAAAGCCAAAAAAGAUGAUAGAGAAAAAAUUGGUGGUCUGUUUGUAAGAAAAGGAUAUACUAUUUAAUCAGCAGAAUAGACUGAAUGGAUAAUAAGUGCAUUACAAAGCCUUUAGCAAAUAGAAUAUAGAAAGCAGAAUGAGCUACUUGAACUACUUUAUUAAAGUCCAUAAACUAGUGGCUACUUUGAUUCAGCAAAUAAUUAAUUACAUUCAACAGAGGCAUUGGAAGCACUUUAAGAGUUUGCAAGAAGCUAAAUUGAAAUAGAAAAGUGUGAAAACUUGGCUAAAAACCUAACAAAACUUCUCCUCUUUAAUGAUAUUCAAAUUAAAGCCCUCGCUGUUUAAAAUAUUUAUACAAUUUACUCAAGAAAUUUAAAUUUUUAUACUAGUGUGAACAUCAUUUAGCCUAUUGAUGGGAAAAACUUUGGACUUUACUAAAAAUUUUAGCAAAUUCAUGACUAAAUUCACCACUAUGUUAUUAAUCUUAAAUACGUUUUAAGUAAUGAAGAUGAAAAAAAGAAUUUUUAUUUAGAAUAAUUGUAAAAAGUUUUUGAUGAAUUGUGUGAUGAGCUUUUUAUUUCUUAACACUAAAUCGACAGUUAGUAACAUAAUAAAAAUUCUAAAUGUAAUAUAUUCGAUAAAGAGAAAGCCAACAUUGAGUCAAAUAAUGAAGUUGAUCCAAUUAUUUCAUAGGACUAGGCUAAAUUAAUAAAAAAUUCAGGAAGUAAAUUAAAAGGAAUGACAAAAUCUGGCUUCAAGGAAUAAAAAUAAGAAAUCCAAACUGAAUAAUAGCCUUAAUAUUAUCAUGUUUGGGGGAAUUAUUAUGUGGAUUUAAAUUAAAUUUAAAAAUAUUAAACUUUAAUGGCAAAUAUGAAUUACCAUAAAAAAUUACUAGACUUGAUAGAUUUUUUUUACAGUCAAGUUCCCAUGAUGAAAGGUAAAGAACAUGUAAAGCUGUAAAUUAGCCAACACUGUGUGGCUAUUUUGAUACAUUUUAUUAUUAAAAACCAAUCAAACUAAGAUUUACUUCUUAGUGAUAGCAGAUUGAGUGGAAUAAGUUAAGAGCAGGAAGAAAGUGUUAAGAGUAUUGCUUAUAGAAUUAUAUAAAAUGAUAGUGCUAUUUAACAGUUAUUCUUUGUUUUACUCUAUUAAAUAUAUAAAAAUAAUUAUGCAGAACUAAUGAAUUUCACUUCAUCUAAAUCAACUAUGAAAUCAAUAUUAUUGGAAGUGAUGAAAUCGAUUAAAGAUAAAAUUCCAGACGAUAAGACAUAUUCAAUUUAUUUUUUUGAUAUCCUCAAAUACUUCUUUUCAAUUAAUGGAAAGAACAUUACUCAAAAUAUACUACUUAUUAUUUAAGAGAUAUCUGAAAAAAUACCAGCAUUUUCUUAUGUUAUUAAGACAAUUUGCGAUUCUGUAAGUCAUCUUCCCACUAGAAACUUUGAAGAUGAUAUUCAAGAAGAAAUAUAAAACAAAGAUGAGAGUGAUGAUGAAAAUAAUGAACUAAAAGAGAAAGAGGAUAGUAAAAAUUAGGAAAAAUAAGAAAAAAAAAUUAGAAUAAAAUGUGAAGAAAAUGCCUGUAUUUUAAUAACUUUUCUUCGUACUUUGAAAGAAAUGGUAAAAAAGUCAUCAUCUUAGAUUUAUACUUUUGUAAGAGGAAUAUUUUCAAUCAAGUAAAUAAAAGAAUAUUUAUCCAAGACAUAGUAUUUAUAUCCUCUCAAGUUAGAGUAUUUGAAAUUUCUUAUGGAAACAUAUAUAAAUUCUAAAUAAAUGGAAGCAUAAGAAUACAUAGAAGUUAGUGAAAUUGUCAACUUACUAGCUCAUGAACUUUUUAAUUAUUUAGAAAUGACAUAAAAGAAAGAACUAUAUGGAAAGCUUUAGUUAUAUUCAAGAUUUAGGAGUAUCUUCGAAGAGAAAUAUGGAUAUUCUACCCAUUAAUUAGUCUAAGUUACAUUAUUAGAAUCAUUCGAAGUUUACAUUAUUCAAGGUAUCAUUCCUACAAUCAAAGGGUUUGUAGACAAGAUUUCUUCUACUCCCUCUGAUAAUGACGCGAAGUUAGUUGAUAUUUUGUUAGAAGGUUUAAAGAGAAUUCAUGAAUAUUGGGAUAAUACAGAUGUAUAUUGGACUUAAGCUAAUAAAGAAGAAUUCAAUGAACUAAAAAAGUAGAUAGGAAUAAAUGCUAAAUAGUUCACUACUCCUUCUAGACCAAGAGGUUCAAGAGAAAAAACUCGCAAAAACUCAGGAAAGAAGAGAACAUUUAUUGGAGGCUUAUUCGGAUCUUCCAACAAGGAAAAAGAAAAAGAUCCAAAAUCAAUGCAACUCGACUUUAACUUUGCUGAUAAAUAAGAUAUCAUAACUAAAAAACUAAAAAAUAUUAAAGAGCUAUAAGAUGAACUCUCUUAUUUAAUUUAAGAGAAAGGCUAAGUGUUUAGUCAAAAGGCUAAUAAAUCUACAAACAAAUCCUAAUAAAAUAAAAUGAAAAAUCAAAAGAAGCAACAAAUUUUUAAUCCUAAAAUCAUAUCAAGAUAUCAUGACCUUGAAAUCGAUAACUUAGUAUCAAUCUACAUAUAAAUGAAGAAAGAAAAACCAGAAGAAUUCAGAAAGAUUCUUUAAAGUCUGAUAGAUGUUCUUACAAAAUACACAGGUAAAAAAGAAGAAGCUAUGGGCAUAAGGCUUAAUGCGAUGAAAAUGUUAAGAAAGAUUUCAAAUUAUAAAAAAGAUUAAAAAAUUAGUGAUAGUAUACAGAGGGAUUUGAAUGCUAUGGGUUUUUUAAAUUUUUUGUGUGAUGUUAUUGUAGAAGAGGAUGAUUCUAAGAUGAAAUUAGAGUAUAUUCUAGGUUUAAAUAACUUUAUGGAAAAAGCAAAUUUAGAAAUACAAAUGUCGUUUUACAAAUAUUUGUAAGACGAUUCUUCUAACAAAUUUAUAAGGACUCUUUAAAACUUUUUAAAGAGCAAUUUUAGUUAAUUCAAAAAUUACAUGAAAAAUAAUAUUGGAUCACAAAACAGCUAGGGUGAAGAAUAGAAAAAUUUUAGCCAGAUAAUGGAUAGUAUUUAAGAAAAUUGCAUUUAAACUAUGGAACUGAUUAGAUUGUCUUGUGAGAACCACUUUUCUAAAAUGCAGGACUUCUUGAGAGUUUAGAUUGACAGUCAUAAUGAAAUUAAAACUAACUCAAUAAAUGUUGUAACAUUACUUGCAGAUAUUUUUGAAAAAUAUUGCAAAGUUUUGAAUGAAAGUAAUCUUUAGUUUGGUCUCUAAAUUCUUAAUACAUUAAUUGAGCUAAUUCAAGGUCCCUGCAUUGAAAAUCAAAAUAUCCUUUGUCAUACCAAAUUACUUGAGAAUCUCGAAGAUUUAAUAGCUGAUUUAAAUAUUAAAAGUAAGAAAUUUAUAGGAUCUAUUAAAAACACUAGAAUAUUCACAAGAUUCUCCAGAAAGAUAUUCUUGCUACUCAGAGGAUUAUUCGAUGCGAAUGAAGAUCCAAUAAUUAUAUCAAAAAUUAGCAAUUAUGUAGAUCCCCAAAUGCUAAUUUAAAAAAUGAAUUUUACUUAUAAGUAAUAUUUGAUGAUUACUUCAAAAAUAUCAAGUAAGCAUUAAGGCCUUAUCUAAUUCUUAAGUAUAAUGAAAGAUGAGACCAAGAAGCAAUAACUUCUUUUAAAAUAAGACAAAGCAGAAGAGGAUGAAGAAGGAGAUGAUUCUUCUGUUUAAAAAAAUGAUAAACUUCUUACAUAGAAAUUAACUAAAAAAAAUGAUAUGAAUGGUUACAAUUUAAGCAAUUAAUAUAAUGCCAGUAAUAUACCUCAUAAAAAGAAAUAAACUAUCAAGCAAUAACAAUAUUCAUCUGAUGUCAUUACUUAUAUGAGAGGAGAUGAACUUAUUAAUGAAGGAUUUGAUGCCUACAUUUUAUUAAAAAAUUUAUGCUUCCUUGACCCUUCUUUCAACAAGAGAUACAAUUAUUAUCUAUAGAAUAUAGAAAUUUAAGAAGACAAAUAUAAAGAGAUUCGUUAGACUCUAAAUUUUUAUAAAUUAAAUACUUGUUCUAUUGAAAUUGUUAAUUCAAAAGGAAAUAUUUAAAAAAUUAUUUUCCGUAUCCCUAAACUUAUGAAAUACUUUUCUACUACAUCCUAAGAAUAUUUCAUGGAUAAUUGUGAAAGAGGUAGUGCUCAGGAAAAAGUAUCAUCACUGCUGGAUAAUUUAAAUGAUUUCCAUGAAGAAAUGAAACAUUUCCUAUACUUAAAUUCUAAAAAUCUAUUUUUCAAUUUGACCUAUCUCUCUUAUUUCAGGAAUCUUAAUCUUUUUGUCAUCUUAAUUAUUAACCUAUUUAUUUUAUAUGAGUGGGAUUAGAAAAAAGAUAUUUCAGAUGAUUAAACCGAGGAAAUUACACUUGAGGUUAAUUAAGAUGCUAAAAACUUUAAAACUUUUAUUCAAAUCAUGUAGCUAAUAAUGAGUUGUUUAAUAUAUGUCAUUUGGCUCAUAUUUUAAUUUCCUCUUGAGCUUAAAAAAUCAAUCUCAAAUUUCAAUGAAUAUGAAGAAAAAACUUUUAAAUAUAAGGCAAACAACUAAAAUGAUAUUCGUCAACAAUCAGAUGCAUAGAGAAAAAUUACUAAGCUAAAUAGGGCGUUUAGGAGAUUUAUAUAUAUAGCAAAUCACUUGGUUCUUGAAAGUCACUUUAUAUAUCUGUUGAUAGCUAUUAUUUUUAGUAUUUUAGGUAUAACUUCAAACCCUGUCUUUUUCUGUCUUCUUUUGCUCGAUAUAAUUGAUCGUUCUGUUGUGCUAAGAAAUGUUAUUAAGUCAAUUACUUUAAAUGCUCUUUCAUUGAUCAUGACAGCUAUUUUAGGUAUUAUCAUUGUUUACAUAUAUACUAUGAUAGGAUUCUAUACUCCAAGUUUGAAGAAUGAAUUUAAAUUUGCAGGAAAUAAUGAUAAAAUGGAAGUUUGCACAGAUUAGAUAGACUGCUUUUUAUUCUUUUUAAAUUUCGGCCUGCGUAAUGGUGGAGGUAUUGGUGACUCAUUUGUCUCACUUAAAGAUGAUAAUCCUUCCUAUACAGAUUUAUUUUUCUUUGAAGUUUCUUUCUUUGUUGUUAUUAUUAUCAUGAUUUUAAACGUUGUCUUUGGUAUUAUCAUAGAUACAUUUGCUGAAUUAAGAGAUAUGAAAAAUUUUAAAGAUAAUGAUUAAAAAAAUAACUGUUUCAUAUGUAACAUUCAAAGAAGCUCAUUUGAAAAUGAGAGAAUUAAUUUUAAAAAGCAUUCUUAAAAAGAACAUAAUUGCUGGAAUUAUUUAGCCUACAUAAUAAUGCUUGAUUAUAAAGAUUCUAAUGAAUAUGAUGGAAUAGAGUAUUAUGUAAGCGAAAAAAUUUAAAAAUAAGAUAUGUCAUGGUUCCCAAUAGGUAAAUCUCUCACACUUUAAGCGGAAAGGCAAAAAAAGAAUUAAUAAGGUAUUGAUUAAAUAAGUUUACUUAAGUCUAAUAAAUAAUAAGAUAACUUAUUUAAAUGA